CCCUGAUAUGCUAUGAACGACAUUGUUACAUGUUGCAGCUGAUAUAUUUCAUUUUAUUGAAUUACAGGCUGGUUCAAUUCAUUGACUCUUAUGAUCCGCCAUUGAAAGGAUUACAUGAAGACUUGAAUUUUGUCAGCCCUCGUAUUGGAGAGGUUUUAGAGGCUGUGGGUCCUAUAAUAUUUCUAUCUACAGAUACCAGGAAGCUGAGAAAUGAGGGUUUUCUGAGUCCAUUUCAUCCUCGAUAUCCUGACAUUCUUACAAAUUCAGCACACCCAAUGAGAGCUCAAGACUUAGCAAAUGUUACUUCUUAUCGGGAAUGGGUAUUACUUGGAUAUCUUGUUUGUCCUGACGAGCUUCUUAGAGUCACCAGCAUCGACAUUGCUUUAGUAAACUUGAAGCAGUUUUUUUUUUGUUUCUCUUGUUAUUACUCGAAAGAGUUUAUUUAAAGGGGAAAUUACAAU